UCUGUUUAUGGCGGUGGUAGCUGUCCUUUGGCGGAUAUGGAGAUCCAGGAACUGAGUGGUCUUUGAGGGUAAGCAGUUUGGGUUCUCUGCGUUGAUGCGUCAGUUUCAACAACAAUACGAGGAGUGGGUCCGUUUGUCGGUGGAUAGGGUUCCAACUGCGAGUCCUCCUGGGGUGGGUCUCUAUGGGGCGCAUCAUCUGGGACCUGUAGGAGCGGACAAGAUUAUUUGUAUGUGGGAUGGAGCUGUUCGGCGUGGAUCGCACUCGGCUGGAGGGGUGGUUCUUUUCACACCAAAUAGGGCGGUCUGGUUGGUAAAGGGGAUUCAUUUUCCUUGCCUGGAUGACCCUUUGGUGGUGGAAUUGCUUGUCCUCCGCGAGGCGGUUCUGUGGUGCCUUGAGCUUGGCCUGUCAGAUGUGCGCUUUGAAGGGGAUGCCAAGAUUAUUAUUGAUAAGAUUAUUCAGGCGGACGUCAGAGACAAUCGUGUUGGUGCUGUUUUGGAGGAACUUCUGCCAUAUUUUAGUAGUCUCACUGGCUUUAGUGUUCGAUUUGUAGGUCGGCGUAGUAAUAGGGUAGCCCAUAUGGUGGCUCGUAAAGCCCUCUCUUUGUACCCGACCAUGAGUCGUUUCUUUAAUUUUCAGGCCUGCCUGAUUUCCAGGAUGUAACUAUCUUUUGUUCCAAUCAAUAUAGAUUAUCUUUUGUAAAAAAAAAAACAAUUAUCUCACUUAUCUAAAAUUAAAUUAUAAUAAUUCUAGACGAGAAAUUUUACAAUGCUAUAUAGUAUUGGUGUUAUAGGGUUUUGCUUUUAUGGUACAACUUAAAAUUGUACAUUUACAUUAUGAUACAACUUAAAAUUGUACCUAUACUUUUUGUACAAAUUCUUUUACGGUACAACUUGAACUUGUACCUUUAUGUAAUGGUACAACUUCAAGUUAUAAAAUUGUACCAUAACAUAAUGGUACAAAUUACUUUAUGGUACAACCUAAACUUAUACAUUUAAUGUUAUGAUACAACUUUAAGUUGUACUUGUAUAUUAAAACACCAAUACUAUAUAACAUAGUAGAAGCGCUCAAUCUAGACACGACAUAAAAAGCUUUACAUUUCACUCUAUGAGGCAGGACCGAGGAAAAAAUCCCACUGUACACUAGUUAUUAAAAAAAAUUCCCAAAAUACAUAAGUUAUAAAAAAAAUUCCAAAAGUACACAUGUUUGAGCAUCACCGUUUUAGACAAAGGCGGUGAAGGUUAUCACCGCGUUUAAUAAACACGGUGAAAACUU